UUCAAUCACAGCCAACUAAUGGACAACAUGCAGAUUCCAGUGAGAUCACUGUACACGACUGACAACUGACCACCCCCCUCUAACAUGCACAAACAUCUAUACAUCCUUUAACUGUGUGAGCUCUUUGGAUUUCUCUGGACUUAAGUUCUCCUAUCUUGAUCAUCAGUAUCUUUUUGUCCGGAGUGUGAUAUAUUUUCACGGUCAUGAGCUUGCUAUAGUGGCGACAGUGGCUACCAAAGAUUUUUCUCCAGUCAGACAUCCGCAGAUUGCCAACAAGCUGUGCAAAAAUGAACAAUCAACCCAAAACACCUGCCCGAACAAGUGGCAUUCCCCGAUUAACCUCAAGACUUCCCCUGCCGACAACAUCCGCAGCCUCUAAAUCGCCCCGACCAUCGCCUUCGCGCGAGAAGUUACAAACCGAUUCAGGCCUAAAUGUGAGCAGGCUCCGCAGACCGUCCGAAGAUACUGUGUUCAAGAAACCCCUCCCGAAGUAUACAGCGCGACAGAAAUUCUCCGCCGGACUUCGACAAAAAGAUGGAUCUCAGACAAGGGCGGGCAAGGGUGCAAAGUUCGAAGCAAGCCCGAUCAUAGAUACUGUUCAAGCUUCAGAGAGUGAGGAUAUAUCGGUCGAGGAUACAGAGACACGGGGCCGGACACGCCCUUCGCUGGCAGAGCGAACGAUCGAGACACUUUCACGGAUCCCACCAUCUCCAGGGCCAGCACGGAGGCAGUCGAGUUUCUAUGGCGCAACGAGCCCGAUGCGGUCCCCAUCACGUCCCUCUUCCUCAUUUACUAGCUAUUCAAGGUCGCCCUCUAGGUCCUCGUCUCGACAACCCAGUGGGGGUGAUUACCUUGCGCGGCCAUCCUCUGCCAUGCGGCUACCCUCAAGACCUCGCCCGCCCUUGCCCACAAACGCUGCAUCGGGCGAUUACGGCCUUGCGCCGACCACAAAUAGCCCAUCGAAGUUAAAGAUGCCAGCAACGAGAAUGAGUGAUCAUCAAGCGAACGGUAAUGGCACAUCCCUUGCGACGAAGGCCCGUGCAACUCGCAAUCAAACACAUGUGAAUUCCGUUGGGUCAGGCCCAGAUCUUUCAUUGCCCAGUCUCGAAGUGAAGAAGACACGAAGGGCCCAGCCGAAGAUUUCAGUGCCAAGACAAGCAUCGGUUGGGCCCCGGUCACCAUCUGCACGAUCCACGGCAUCCGACUUGACUUCGGAGCAGCAGGCUGAGAUGGAAACAAGGAAGGUUUCAAAGUCCUCAAGCGCUCUAAGAGAGAGCAUCGCGAAGGCUAAAGCCGCACGAAAAGCAGAGACGCAAAAACGCAUUCAAUCUUCGUCGACAGGCCACGCUUGGGAUCAGUUCAACACCGCAGACCCAUUUAAUCAGGAUCUUCAGGUUUCAAAUCAUGGACUUCUUCGCAAGCGCCUCGAAGCAGGCAGAACAUCUGGUCACCUGAACAUAGCAGCCAUGUCUUUGAAAGAAAUCCCCAAAGAGGUUAUGACCAUGUAUGACUUUGAUCCUAAUGCUACAACCGAAUGGUACCAGAGUGUAGACCUGGUCAAGUUCAUUGCCGCGGACAACGAAUUUACGGAGCUUCCCGAAGAGGCUUUCCCUGAUAUUGAUCCGCAUGAUCUAGAAGAUGAUGCUCACGAGAAGGGAAACCAAUUUGGUGGGCUUGAACUGCUCGACUUGCACGGUAACUUACUGCAAUCUCUACCGAUAGGCUUCAGAAGAUUGCAAAGGCUUCACACCUUGAACCUGUCAAAUAACAAUCUCAAAAUGAACGAUAUACAAGUCGUGUUGGAGCUGGUAUCUCUGCGGGACCUCAAGCUGGCCAAGAACCAAUUGGAAGGUGCUUUGACAUCAGAUAUCAAGAACCUGACUAUGCUGGAGUCUCUCGAUUUGCAUGAUAAUGCUAUCACUGACUUACCCCCAGAUGUGUCAGAAUUGGCUUCACUGCGCAUCUUAGAUCUUGGCGGUAACCAGCUGAGCUCGUUACAGUUUGAAGCUCUGAGUCAGCUUUCUUUGAGAGACCUCCGGGCCCCAAAGAACAAGCUGAAAGGUACACUCAUUCCAGCUUCAGUCUAUAGACUUGAGACACUGCAGAUUCUCGACGUAGCCUACAAUGCAUUGACGAAGCUCUCUGAAAAUAUGGCAUUGGAACUUCCCAACAUCCAGACGUUAGCGAUAAGUUCCAACCGCAUCCGAUCGUUACCGGAUGUGUCGUCGUGGCAGGCCUUGUUGACGCUGUCGGCUGAGGACAACGGCCUUACAGUUCUUCCGGAAGGCUUUCUUGACUUGAAAAAUAUUCGGAAUGUGGAUCUCACAGGAAAUGAUAUUUCCAGGCUGAAUGAUAGAAUUGGCUUGAUGGAGAGCCUGUCAACGUUCCGGGUUGCUAACAAUCCCCUUCGCGAACGCAAAUUUCUGACAAUGGGCACCGAAGAUUUGAAGCGCGACCUACGAAACCGAUGCGAACCCGAGCCUCAAGAUACAGACGAUGACGCAGGCUCUGUCGCAACUCAAUUCACACUGGCACCAGAAACCCCAGCCCAGACUGCUGCUUGGCAGGUCAAGCCUGGAGGUGUCCUUGAUCGAUCCUACACCGAUAUGCGCGAGCUAGAACUGGAUGAGCUGAAACGAAUAAACCUGAGCGAAGUCAGAUGCUUGUAUUUGCAUCAUAAUCAGCUACGCUACUUUCCAAUUCCCGCACUCAGCUUACUGGCGUCUAACCUUAUCGAUCUCGACCUUUCAAACAACCCGUUAAAGGAUACAGAACUCUUUGCCUCGUCCCUCACGCUUCCGAAUCUCCAAAGCUUGAAUCUGAGUGCUACAAAUAUUUCUGAUUUGAAUCCCAUCCUAACCAACCUUGAGGCACCAGCUCUCACGUUUCUGGACGUUUCUUACAACCGCCUGUCAGGUCACGUCCCAAGUGUUCGCCGUACCUACCCUAAUCUGAUGGCUUUUCUGGCUGCCGACAACCGAUAUACCAGCUUGGAAUUUGAUGCCGUUCACGGUCUUCAGGUAUUAGACGUGUGUAAUAAUGACAUCGGCUUGCUUCCGCCUAAAUUAGGCUUGCUAAGAGGAGAAGGUUCAAGCAAAAAUUGGGGCAGCGGAUCUGCACUGCGAAGGUUCGAGGUAGCAGGGAACAGCUUUCGAGUUCCUCGGUGGCAGAUUGUCGCCAAGGGGACCGACGCCAUUCUCGAAUGGCUUAAGGAUCGGAUCCCUGCGGAAGAACUUUCUGAGUACGAGACGGUCGACCAUUCGACUUAGCAGGAUCCAAACGUCACGUACUGCAGCUUUUUGUCGUUCGGCGAUCACUCAUACUACCCGGUCUCUUUCCAUUGACGCCAUAACCAAUCAUGUAGCAUAUUUUGCAUAGAGUUCUUGAUGUACCGAGCCUCUCAUUCUGAGUCCUUGAGUAGCUAGUAGUUUCGUGAGCGUGUUGUGAUAUGUC